AUGAAGGAGCGCAACGGCGUGGGGAGGUGUCGGUGCUGGCAUGGGGGAGGCAAUGGGGUUGGGUCGUCUCCACCUUCUCUCUUCGACGCUGAUGCGCUGGUACUGACGUGGGGGAGGCGCAUUGGAGCUUUGGCAUCUGCUCUUGCAAAUGCCUCACCCACAAAACGGAGGACUAUGUUGGGCGAAAAUCUGUACCCACUGGUCGAACAACUAGACCCUAACAUGACAGCUAAGGUGACAGGCAAGCUUCUGAAAAUGGACCAGACGAAAGCUUUACACUUGCUAGAAUCACCAGAUGCUUUAAAAGCUAAGGUUGCAGAGGCUAUGGAGGUUCUGAGGAACAUGUUGCAGCAGCAGGCUAGCAACCCGAUAGAACAAUUAGCUGAUUUGGCAUUGAAUUAA